UGACAAGACGUUCUCGAAACACAUUUCGCGGGUUUUCGAAAUAAUACACAACACAUUACAAUAUACAAAAAAAGUUUUUAAAAUUUAGUUCAUAAUAAUUGAAAAUUUGGACGUAAAUAAAUUGCGGACCGAAUAUGGACACGGACAGUGAGCGCGAGCGAAGUAGUGAUCCCAAUCUAUUGACCAGCAGCGAUAAUCAUACAUUUCAUGACGACGAUGAUGAUGAUGAUGAUGACGACGAUGCUGACUCUUCAGCGCCAGAAUAUGGCGAGGAUAUUGGUGAUAUGAGAGACAUUGAUUUCGGUUCCAUCAGUGAUGUCGUGACGCACGCCGGUAGUGAUGUAUAUGACAUUGAUGAUGACGAUGACGAUGAUGAUGAUGACAACGAUAAUGGACGCACUGAAAGAACAUGUCUUUUAGUUUCAGACGCUUAUAAAGUACGCCGAAAUAGACGUCCGAGGAGUAGGCAGCACGUUAAACGAAGACUACAGCAAUCGCUUGAACGUGAGACGACAAUCUCACUUAAUACGUCCAAGAUAAGGAAUUACAAUAAAAGCAUCAAGACAACAGGAAAAUAUACUUCGGAAGAGGACGAAGAACAGGUACCGCUGAAACAAAGCAGCUGUGAUGAAAGGCAAUACGAGCAGUCCGAAACCGAUUUAGGCGAGUCUGUUGGCGCAAAAGAGACCACAGAUAGUUAUGAAUCGGCCGAAGUUUAUACCGUAAAAGUUAUAAAAAUUAGUGGCAAUCUAGGUGAUAGCUCCGAAGAGGACGGAGACAUCGACGAAGAACCCUUUAAGAGUCUAGACGCUCCUGAUGACGAUACCAGAAACUUCGACGAAACCAAAUCAACAGUCCAGGUAGAAUUAAAUGUUCAGCCAUCAACACUUGUAUGCGGUGCCACACAAGCGUCUGCAGAAAUCGAUGCUAAAUAUAAUGAACGUGGUGCCUUUUUAGAAGAGCAAACAGAUUGCGCUGUGCCGACGGCUGCUCAUGCAAGUUUUGAAUUGUUUGAAGAAGAAAUCGCUGAUAUAAAUACUAAAGUAAUAAAAGAAGAAUCUGCGAGCGACAUACGCGAGGAGAACGAAAAUAUCAAGGAUUACCAACUAGAAGAGUUUCCAGAAAUAGAACAACAUUCGGUGCUAGUGUCCGACAAAAACGUCAACGACGAAGGUGACAACGACUGUUGCGGCGGUGACGACCUCAAAAGUUCGCAAUGCUUAACUACACCAGCCGAAGCAAACGCAAUCAACAACGAGAACAACACGUCUACUAUAAACAUCGGCAGCGUCUUGGCGGACGAAGAGAAUUGGCGCGAUAGUGUACGCGAAUCGAUAGAGUGUUACUACUCGGCACAGGAUCUGCUAGAGUACGGACAUCUCUUGAGUAGUGGCCUUAAAACACCAGACAUUGAGUCUGGUUAUUUUGAAAAGUCCGAAUCGGAUAUAUCACGUGAUGAAAACGAAGUGUAUACGAAUAAUUUAAGCAAUAGGAUAAGAGAACGCUCAUUUUCGAAAUCGUAUAAUACACAAUUAACCAAUAUGUCGGAGAGUUUACGUUUCGAAUUGAAUCGUUUUAAAACGAUGAUCGAAUCGAUCGAACGUGAACGCAUUUAUGGCCAAACGCCGCAAACGAAACAAAACACGUUCGAGUCGGUUACAAAAGCCGAAGAGAGUUAUAAUGUUGAUAUGGAGGCCGAAGUAACGGCAGCGGCCGAUGCGGUUGCGGAAGCGAUAUCAAUAACAGUUAUCGGUGCCGAAACUGUCGAAACGACCAACGCGAUGGAUGUGGAUGAGGAGGAAGAGAUGGAUGUGGAGGGUGCUGUGGGCGGCGACGAUGAUACACGUGGCUAUUGGUCUACGGUUUUCGGACAAGCCAGUCAAAUAGAGGAGACCACGCCGGAAAUGACGCUUGACGAACGCUUUGCCGAUAUACAAAAAGCACAUCGUGCCCUUGAAUUAUUGGAGGAUUAUCACUCGAGACUAUCAGAGCCGCAGGAUCGUGCACUGCGCAUAGCCAUCGAACGGGUGAUACGGAUUUUCAAAUCACGCUUAUUUCAAGCCUUAUUGGACAUCCAAGAAUUUUAUGAACUAACACUGCUGGAUGACUCGAAGACAAUACAGCAGAAGACAGCGGAAACACUGCAAAUCGCUAGCAAAUGGGAACAGGAUGGUCAUGCAAUAAAAAUCGCUGAUUUUAUGAGAAAUUUUAAUCGAAAUUAUGCAUUUGCCACGGAACCAAUAUCCGAUCCCAAACAAUUACAUUCGAUAAUUCCGCUCGGCGAUGACACCGGUGUGGAUGAGUUGCUGUUGAAUCAGCGCAUGAAAGUCGAUGGCGACGCCGACAUUCCCAAAGAGAGUGCGGGAGUUAGCGCUAGCGGUACUGGUGCAAGUGAGGGCGGCAGCAGCAGCGCCGCAAAGGCGGCGGCCCGUUCGCCUGAAUCGGCGCCCUAUCAUAACCGGCAGCAACAGCAGCAGCAGCAGCAACAGCCCAAUACCAAUGUGGACACUGUGAGCAGCGAAGCUGUAAGUGCCAAUGUCUACAAUAAUAACAAACACAAUAGCCAAUGCAAUAGCAAUAACAACAAUAACAUUGUUUCGAAUUCAGACGUUUGCAUAACGCCAAUUUACCACUUUAAUUGCCUACAAAUGGGCAAUUAAUUCAUGCUUUGUCAAAGUUUAUAUACACAUCUGCUCGCUUUAAGCCAGCGGAGAAGAAACUUCUUGGAUUUUAAUAAUGUCAUUACGUUUUUACGUCGGUUGUUUUUUUUUUGUGACCACUUUCGUUGCUGAAAAUUGCUUUAUAGUCCUAAUGGUCAGUCUAAAACGUACUUGAAUUAUUAAUCGGAGUUCCAAUUGAAUUAAGUGACACAGCUAGAGUGACUUCUUAAAACAAGGCCAUUUUUGAGAGUUAAAAAAAAUACUGUUUAAAUUUUUUUUACAUUUUUAAGGUUAUAUUUUAAAAUUUUUUAAGAAAAAUAUUAAAUAUUUGUUGGGUUACAUGCGAUCUCCAACCGCGUUAGACGGUUACAUGGGUUUCCUAUAAAUAUUUUAUAAGAAUUUUUUAUCAAGACGAAGAAAUUCUUAAAUUUGUGGAA